CGUAGUCUUGUUGACAAAUACAAAUAGUCGCGACGAGCGUAAAGAUACAUCAGAGGCCGUAAAGACAACCAAAAUGAAGGAUUACAGGCAGAUUUUAAGAUACAUUUUUGUUGUUGUCGCCGUUCUGCUAGUCAUUGGUUUUGAGGUGACAACAGCACGAGGUGGGCGUGGUGGAGGUGGUUUCCGUGGCGGUUUCCGUAGCGGUUACCGUAGCGGUUACCGUGGAUCAAGAUAUUCUGGAGGGAGUAGAUCUUCCACAUGGAAAACUGCGCUUUAUGCGGGCACUUUUUACUAUGGCAGUCGAGCAUAUUUGACAAGGAGACGAUUCUCACAAGGCCAAGCUCCCCGAAUCUGUGAGAACAGGAACUUGAACUUGGUGGAGAAUGGGACAGUUUUUGGAAAGUUUGUGUGCCCUAUGAGUAACCAGCCUGAUAACUAUGAUUAUUGCUGUGGAACAUCAGGGAAUGAGAGAUGCUGUACAUUUGGCGAUGAUCCUGGUAGAGUUGCGGGCCUUGUGGUAGGACUCCUUCUCGGCUUCAUCAUCAUUGGUGUAAUAAUAUUCUGCUGCUGCUGCUGGAAGAAAAAGGGAAAGAAGUCUGAAGGCUCCAUCAAAUCAUCCAGUAACUUCCAAAUGAAACCUACCGUUACACCUUACGCAGCCUACCAUAAUGGUACGGAUUUUUCUGGUUACCCCCAGUCCGGAGCACCUCAGGGUUACCCCCAGUCUGAACCACCAGCCUAUGAGAAGUCAGGAGGAAUUCCUUACUCACCUAACCCUACAGGCAGUCAACCCGCAGCACCACCUUACUCGCCCAACCCCGUGGGGUUUGUUGAACCAAACCCACCAAACUACUAUUCGGAUCCUAAUGCUGCUGGCCAGGGCUACUCUAGUGCACCCACUCGCUACUGAUGCCUUGGAGUUGGGCGGCUUUUUGGAAAUGAUAAGUUGGUUUUACAUCAGGAACAGAAAAGUUGGACAGAGUUGAUCACAAAAUUUUUAAUUUUUUUUUUUUGGCGAUGUCUUCUUUUAUCUUUCUUUGUGUAUAAUGUCAUAAAUGCUGUCAACGCUCAGAAUCAGCUAAACGUUUCCAGCGUUACUUGAAUGUAACUACAGUGGUGGUAAAAUAAGCACGGUACUGGCUGCCUUGGUACAUUCAGUCACGUGUUACUGUCCAUUAAGUUACGAUUCAUGUUCUCGUAAAGAUUACAAUGUUACGUAAGAUCGUAAGGUCACCAAUUCGUACAUGUCCAGGUCUUUAAUGGUUGGAUGGAAUACAUCCUAAUUUUUCUGGAGAUUUUUUAGGCUUGGAUUGCCUUAUUUUGCCCCAGUUGUGUUAUAAAAAAUGUCUGUAAAUCUUUGACAGUUGAUAAGAAAUGUUGUUUUCUUCAUAUAUUAUCAUGUAUAGUGAAAGUUCCAGAAAUUACUAAGUUUAUAAAACUUACAAACAUAUGCCUCUUGUUUUGAAAAUUUCCUGUGGCAUAAUAAAAUCUCUCUUGUGUUGACGUGUCUCCUUGUCUCCUGAGAAGAAAUUCUUUGUUUGGCAAACUUGUAAUGUGUGUAUGUUGAUAUUUUAUUGUUAACAGUGAUAAGUUUUACAUGUAUCAUUGAUGACUUUUAUCACAUGGGUUUUGAUA